AAUUAUUUAACUUUUUCUGUACUAUAUUAUAAUUUUAUGUUUGAGGUUAGGAAUAAAUUUUUUAACAUUUAUUCUAACCCAUUUUUUAUUUCUUUAAAAAAUAAUUUAUUCAACCCUUUUAAUAAAGUAUAUUUUACACCUAAUUUUAUUAUACCUAUUGAGAAUUCCCCUAAUUUAUUAAAUAAUAAUAGAAUUUACAAUUUCAGAAGACAUAGAGGUGGCAAAGUUAAACACAAACUUCGUAACUUAGAGAAAAAGAAGAAACGGGAACAACUUCUCAACGAUCAACUUAACUCUGUAAACAAUAAUUAAAAUUUCUACACUCUCUAAUAUAUUUAAACGCAGCAACAACAUUAUAUCAUACUGUAAGUGUGUAUUAAAAUCUAUAACUCCAUGGAGACUAUGUUGAGAUGACAACACGGU